AUGUUUGAUAUUACCACCAUGAGGAUCACGAAGACACGAGCACCCUUUGUUACCAAUUAUGCCGGGAAACUUGCCGUCCUCCUAAUCAUCACUUUACUUCUCUUCAAGUGUACCACCGUGGUUGCCAGAGGCGGUCACGGUGGAGGAGGAGGCCAUGGUAGUGUAGGAGGUGGUCAUGCUAGCGUUGGAGAUGGUCAUGCUGUUGAAGGAGGAGGCCAUGCUGUUGGAGGCGGUGGCGGCCAUGGAGAAGAAGAAGAAGGUGGACAUGGGAUUGGAAGAGGUGGUAGUAUGAUUCAUCGACCUGCGACGAGGAACGGAGGCUCUACGCUAUUGACUCCCUUUGCCGAUAGAUUUGCAUCUGCUUUCUUGAUCAUCACUUUUCUCUAUAUCUAG